AUGUCCACCGACGUUGAGCGUCUCCGGGCACUGCUCCAGCCAGACCAAAUCCUGCACGACUGUGCAGGAGCUGGUGACUGCCUGUUUCGAAGCAUUGCCCACAGGCUCUGGAACGAUGAAAACCGCCAUUCGGAGCUGCGCACACUGGUGGCGAGCUGGUACCUCCGCAACGCCGAGGACCAGUACGUGAAGAACAUGCCCCACGAGUGGCGGGAUUCCGACGGCGACCUCUGUGGCGGAGAGCCUGAGAUCUACGUCCUGUGCCAUGCUCUCCAGCGCACCUUCCAUCUCAUCACUUCCAUCCCGGGUCUCGUUGACCCCAUCAUCACAUUCUCGCCCCCAGCGGAGGCAGACCCUCCCAACGAGCCCAUCACAGUGGCCUACGACGAGCUGAUGCUGCACUACGUUGCAGUCUGCCCACGGGCCCACUGUGGCGCGAUCCCUCCCAAGCUCCCUGUUGAUGUCACCACACCCUCGCUCAGCAGUCUGCGCUCGCCAUCAUCGACAACUCUCCCCAUUGCCGUUGGCCCCACCUCAUCUACAACUACCCCUGCUGGAAUUGCCACCACCAUCCCGUUCGCCAUUGAGGGUCAGCUUACACCUCACGUCGACAAGCACGCCUCGGGCCUUCGUAGGGCGUAG